AUGAAGGGUCUUCUCAUUGCUGCUGGCCUCUCGGCUUCUGCUCUCGCCCACGCCGGCCACGAGCGUCACAUGGAGUUCCACCACCGUAGGAACGACGAGCCAGAGCAGUGCGGCUGCACCACCUACGUGUCGACCAUCCUCCACGAAUACACCACAACCACAUGGAUGUCUGCCGCCACCCCAGCACCGUCGCCGUCGUCCUCGCCAGCUGAGAACGGUGGACACGAUUCCAACAACGGUGGACACGAUUCCAACAACGGUGGCUACAGCGGUGGCUUCGCGCCCAUCACCAACGGCGACAAGUGGGCCGUCACAUACACCCCCUACCAGCCCAAGCCUGAAGGUGGCUGCAAGACCCUCGACGAAGUCCGCAAUGAUGUCGGCACCAUUGCCUCCAUGGGCUUCAGCACACUGCGCACCUACUCGACCGACUGCCGUGGUCUUGAAUUCAUCGGCCAGGCCGCAGAGGAGCACAAUGUUAAGAUGAUCAUCGGCAUCUUCAUCAACGGUGGCGGUAUCGACGCCUCGCGCCAGCAACUCAAGGACAUCGUCUCCUGGGGCAAAAUGUCUCUCGUCGAGAUGGUCGUAGUCGGCAACGAGGCCAUCUUCAACGGCUUCGUCACCGACUACGCUGCCCUCGCAUCCUACAUCACUGAAGUCAGGUCCACACUCGCUGGCAUCGGCUACACCGGCCCCGUCACCACCACCGAGACCCUCAACAUCUGGCAGAAGAAGGACGUCGCGGCUGCCCUGUGCUCUGCUGUCGACGUCGUCGGUGCCAACAUCCAGCCCUUCUUCAACCCGGAACACACCGCCGCCGAGGCUGGCGACUUUGUCGCUUCCCAGAUCGAGGCCGCAAGCUCCAUCUGCCCCGGCAAGCAGGGCUACAACCUCGAGUGCGGCUGGCCAAGCCAGGGCACCGGAAGCAACGGUGCCGCCGUGCCUGGUGAGUCCGAGCAGCGCGACGCCAUCUCCAGCAUCCUCGCCAAGGCCGGUGGUAAGAGUGUCAUCUUCAGCUUCGAGAACGACGUCUGGAAACACCCCGGUCCCAUGGGCGUGGAACAGCACUUCGGCGUCUCAGCGAAGAACCUGUUCGGCUAA